UCGUCUGCCACACACACAAGUUCUAUCCAGUGAAAAUCAGCUUAUUUACACGGGAGUCCACCUAAAACACAUUGAGGAGUGAAACGCCUUCACACUGUGUGCUACUUCACCCCAUGAUGGAAGUAACAUCGAACUCCAGGGACUUCAGCAUUGAAGAAAGAAUGAACAAAGCUUGAUGUUCAGGUGUAUGCAUCUACAGCUCCUCUGUAUACCCUUAUUGUGGUGAAGUACUUUUGUUUACAAAUUAAUUAUCAACUUGACUUCUCUUCAAGCAUCAACCAUUUUGGAACAGUGAUUGAUAUACUUCAAAGGAAGCCCGAGGCUUUCUCAGUGUUAAUUGCUUCAACAGUGACAUUUGACACCGUCUGAACAACAGACUACAUUGUUGACUUUUGCCUUGAGUGUGGAUUCAUUACUUGUACAUGUAUAAGGUUGAUACAGACAGAGCAUGAACACUAAUGGAGGAUGCAGAUACUAAGGAGAGGAGGCAGCGUCUCCAGCAGCAAUCAAAGAGAAAUUCACAACCGGCCGAUAUGGAGCCUAUAACUGAAACCAACUCAUUAAGUCUGCCGUCUUCCACUGGUACGACUGCACUUGAUGAACCUGACAAGAAAUCUCCCAAACUCCUCCCAUUGAAUCUACAGAAGGCUGGCGAGACGGUUGCUAAGGAACCGGGCAAGAUUGAAGGAUACCUCCUCAAGCGACGGAAACGUCCCAUGAAAGGAUGGCACAAGAGGUAUUUUGUGUUGGAGAAAGGUAUGCUGACCUACGGCAAGAAUUGUGGAGAGUUGAUGAAAGGCAAGAUUCAUGGCACUAUUGAUGUUCUUGCUGCUGUCAUCUCAACAGAGAAGGAAGGGGAUAAGAAAGCCAGACGGAUUGAUAUUGACACUGAAGAGUUUCUCUAUCACGUUAAGGCUACCUCCCAUGAUGAGUUUCUGGCAUGGCAUAACCACCUACACCUCCAUCAAUCCUACCGUAAACAAAUCCAACUAGCUCAGGAGAUGUUAGGGGAGAGGCCAGCCCAUCCUGCUGCAAGUCCAACCAGUGAAAUCACCCUUAAAGCAAUGACAUUGGAGCGCAGACGUCUGAGUCUGCGUAAACAAAUGUCUAGGUACAGGCUCCCGGGUCAUUCAAGCUCACAAGGCUCGGGAAGCUGGAAAAAUGAAAUAAGUGAGCUGGAUAAAUGUUCAAAAGAGUUGACAGAGGCUGAAAAUAGUAUAGUAACGCUGUCUAACAUCCUUCAAGAUCUACUCAACCAAGAGUUACCAUUUCCGUAUGGUAAUCAAGAACCAGAGGUUGAUGACAUCGCUGGUCAGAAGAGAUCCAAGGGAAAGCUGUCACUCAGGAAAAGCAAAGCCAAGAAGUCUUCCAGCGACACAUCAGUAGUAGAUACACGGAGAUCAAGUAACACAUCUUCAAGUAUUCAGAGCAACUCAACAUACGGCAAUGACACCAUGCAUUCUAUUGCAUCCUCUAAGCAGCUUCAAGAAGACUCCAAUCCAAGAGAUGACUUCAUGGAUAUGGCUAACCAAGUGCAUAGGAUCCUUAAGAGUGUCCUUCAUCUACUAUCAGUCCAGCAUGAUAGACUACGCUAUGUGAUUGAGGCACAGAACAGUGCAGGAGGAGCAGCCUCACAAUCCAGACAGAUCUCAAUACUACAGGAGGCUCUUACCAAGGCAAGGAGUCAAAAUGAGGAUAUGAGGGGUAGACUCGGUCGAAUCUUCAAUGAAUCUAAUAUCCAAGAUCUUUCCCCGCCUGUCAAGUCAGACUCGGAUCUCCUGCAACAUCAAAGAUCCUUCACCUUGCCAACACCAUUAAAGCUGAAUUUCAGCUUUGAUCAUUGUGAGACAAAGGGUGGAGGAGUGUUGGAGACAUUACUGACUAAACUAAAACGAAGUAUGAGUGGGGAUCUAGAUGACGGUAUGAUGACAGCAAAGCCUUACUCCAUGUCCCCUCAGUUGUCUGAGGAUAGAGAGAUGUCACGUUCAGAAUCCUUAAUGGAAUUCUACGAUGCAUUGGAUUAUGCAGCAUCAACAAGUGCAUCGUCCUCUGAAGAUGAGGAGGAGAUUGAGAGUUCAUCUCUUGCCAGUGAGGAGGAAGUGGAGAUGAGAGAAGAAGAUUUCUUAGAACUGGAGGAAGACGAUUCUGAAGGGUUAAAGAAGUCACAGACCGGACGUAGAACUCAACUACCAGCACCUCAGCCAGACACCAGCGGACUCAGUCUCUGGAACAUUCUCAAGAAGAACAUUGGCAAAGAUCUGUCUAAGAUUGCUAUGCCAGUCGCACUCAACGAGCCACUCAGCAUGCUUCAGGUGUUGGCUGAAGAGUUGGAGUACAGCGAGCUUUUGGACAAAGCGGCCGAGACGGAUGAUCCUUAUAAGAGGAUGGUCUAUGUGGCAUCAUUCGCCGUCUCCAGCUACGCCUCGACGUACUACCGUGCUGGUACUAAACCAUUCAAUCCAUUACUUGGAGAAACUUAUGAAUGUGUUAGGGAGGAUAAAGGCUUUCGCUUCAUGGCCGAACAGGUAUCUCAUCAUCCCCCAGUCUCAGCGUGCCACUGCGAGAGCAAGAAUUUCAUCUACACCCAGGAUGCACGUAUCAAAACUAAAUUCUGGGGCAAAUCUAUGGAGAUUAUCCCAGCUGGGAAUGUCAACAUCAAAAUUCCAAGGUACAACGAUCACUACAAGUACAACAAGGUGACCAGUUGUGUACAUAAUAUACUGAGUGGAGAGAGAUGGCUCGACCACUAUGGGGAAAGUUUAAUAACCAAUGGACGUAUUGUCUGCAAGCUGACAUUCACUAAGGCGAGUUACUGGAGUAAUCGAAGGCAUGAGGUACACGGUGUGAUCACAGAAGAUGGACAAGUUAUUCAUGAGCUGUUUGGGAAAUGGAACGAGGGUAUCUACUGUGGGAGAUCUGCCUCUGCUAAAUGCAUAUGGCGUACAGGAUCUAUGCCAGAGAAUCAUCGCAUGUACUAUGGCUUCACUCGGUUUGCUAUAGAGUUGAACGAGUUAGAUCCAAAUACCAAGCAUCUCUUACCUCCUACGGACGGACGACUCAGACCAGAUCAAAGAAAACUUGAGGAUGGUGAUGUGAUGGGGGCGGAACGUGAGAAACAGAGACUGGAAAGUUUACAAAGAGAGCGAAGGAAAUGGAGGGAAGAACAAGGCAACAGCUAUGAGCCCAGAUUCUUCCGACUCGCCAAGGAGAAUGGCAAAGAAGUGUGUGUUUUUAAGGGUGACUACUGGGAUUUGAGACGAGACCCUGGAUUCAAGCACUUAACUUGUACAGAGCUCUGGUAGUAAGUUGUCUACUAUUCUAGAAUCCAUUCAGAAGAAAACCCUUUAUAAAUAACGACUGCUGUCCGAACAGAGCUCUAGUAGCAAGUCUAAUGUUAUAGAAAAGACGAUCAGAGCAUACUGAUCGAA